AUGGAGGGAUUAGGGGGACAAGUUGAAGGAGGUGGUCAUGAGAAGAAAAGGGAAAGAGCUAGAAUGAUUUGCAAGUGGAGGAAAAAAAGAUUCGGGGCAAGAUGUUCUUUAAACCAAGAAAAGGAGGAAAAGAUUUCUCGGGAUGAAAAUGGAGCACAAUUUGCUUCCAAGGAAAUUGAUGCUGAUCUUGGCAAUGGCUUCAGUAAUUCAUCUACCAGUUUCUUGACCUUUCUAUGCCCCUUGCUAAAACUCUUUUCUGCUGGAGAUCCCUCUCGGGAAAGGAACUACCUACUGGAGGAAACGACAUCGUCGUUAGCUUCUUUGGCAAGGCUUCCAUGGGGAUCAAGAUCACAGUUUAAUAGUUUAAGCAGCCAAAAGAAAGUAGAUCCUCCACUGCGUUUGCAACUCUUUGAAUUUGAGGCAUGCCCGUUUUGCAGGAGGGUUAGAGAAGCCAUAACCGAGCUUGAUCUUUCUGUAGAGAUCUAUCCAUGCCCAAAGGGUUCGGUAAGACACAGGGAAAUGGUUAGAAGACUAGGUGGCAGAGAACAGUUUCCUUUCCUUUUUGACCCCAACACUGGAAUUUCUAUGUAUGAAAGCAGUGACAUUGUAAAAUACUUAUUUCAACAAUAUGGUGAAGAAAGGAGUCCCUCAUUUGGCCUGUUGGAAAGCACCUUGGUCACUGGAUGGGUGCCAACUCUACUUCGAGCAGGAAGAGGAAUGACGUUUUGGGAUAAUUCCACCAAAGAACCACCUCCAAGAAAAUUGGAACUUUUCUCAUUCGAAAACAAUCCGUAUGCACGAAUAGUGCGUGAAGCACUUUGUGAGUUAGAGCUUCCAUACAUACUUCAAAGUGUAGGUGAAGGGUCGGGACGCACAAAGCAACUUCUUGAUAUGUGUGGAUCGGAACAGGUUCCUCACCUUGUUGACCCCAACACUGUGCAGCCACUGGUGAUGUAG